AUGUGCAGAACUAAAUCAGUAUGUAAUAUAUUUGUCUAUUGUUCAAUUAGUGAGCUAAAGUUUGGUUUGCUAGAGAAUCUUCUAAUCCUUAUUGUCCAAAAUUUGGUGCUCAAGCUUCCAGUGGAAAUGGGGAAUUUGAUUGGACCCGUGUGGGAUAUGAUAAAACUGAUGUGGGCUCCUGUUGGUCGCCGGAUACAGCUUGCCAGAAGACUAGGUGAGAAGAUAGAAAAACUUGACACAGAAGCUCGAUAUUUAUCAAACCAAAGACAAGACAUCGAAAGGGAACUCUCAAGCGAUGUUGAUAAAGUGCCUAAUGAAGUAUGUAAAGGUUGGAUUGAUGAUGUGGAAAAGAUUGAACAACGUAGAAGUGAGAUUAAAGAUGAGUAUGCACAAAAUAAGAAAUGUCUGUUGGGUUUGUUUCCUGAUAUAAAAUGGCGUAUGAGUUUAGGGAAGCGUAUUGAGGAAGUAGAUGUUCGUAUUGGUGAGCUCAAAGAGAUGUCAAAGUUUGAAGGAGGCUUUGCUCUUGAUCUGCACCGCCACCUGCUGCUGAGUAAGGUAUUGGCACACAUAAGAAGUGAAAAGAUCCAUCAGAUAGGAAUUUGGGGAAUGGGUGGUGUCGGGAAGACAACUGUAGUGAAAGCUUUGAAUAACUUACCGGAGAUCUCAAUAACUUUUGAAAUUGUCAUAUGGGUUACCGUCUCAAGUCAGGGGAGUAUUGAUAAGAUUCAAAAGGAUGUUGCAAGGCGUUUGUCAAUUAAUGUAAACGAUGCAGAUCCCAUUCACACAGUUGCAAAUAAAAUCUACCAAAUUCUGAGUUCCAAGAAGUUCUUGUUGCUGCUGGAUGAUGUAUGGAGAAGCUUAGAUUUGGGCGAUAUCGGCAUCCCUAAUCUUAACGAGCAAGAAAAAGAUGAAGAGAUAGAAGUCGAUGAAUUGAUAGAGUAUUGGAGAGCAGAGGGGCUGACUGGUGAUGCAAAAUCUAUAAUCGAUGGCUAUAAUAAAGGUCGUGACCUAUUGAAUACUCUUGUUCAAAAAUCUUUGUUGGAGAUGGUUGGAUACUCUCGUUGUAGGAUGCAUGAUUUGUUACGGGAUCUAGCAUUAAUUAUCACAUCGCCAAGAGGAAAUAAUGACAAUAAGUUUUUGACGAUUCCGAACAAGUUCUUUCAGCACUUGGCAGAGCUUCGAGUUUUAGACCUAUCGUACACCAGCAUCAGAUCACUACCAUCAUCUAUUAGCAGUUUGGUGAAUCUUCAAGGGCUAUAUUUGAAUUAUUGUGAGUCUCUUGCAGAGCUUCCAUCUGAAGUGGGAUCUCUAAAGAAGCUCCAAGAACUUCAAAUGGCUGGAGUUGGGGUCCACAGUUUACCAUUUGAGAUCAUGAAUUUGAAUCGUCUUAUUAGUUUUAUAUUUUCAAGUGCUUGCCACGUUAGCACGACGGUGGAUAUUCCUGCUGGGGUGAUAAAAAGUCUCAUCUCAUUGGAGCAACUGCAAAUUGGUGUGAAGUUGUUGCAGUCUGCGCACGUUGCUAUGCUGGACGAGGUGGCUUGUUUGAGAAAUUUGACUAAAAUUCAUCUCUCUUUUCCAAACGUUGAAAACCUUGAGCGUUUCCUCUCAACAAGUUGGUCAUGGAAAGAACAAAGGUUCUUGAACUUCCGAUUUUUUGUCAAUAAUAAUUGGGAUCCCUCAGUAUAUCCGCAGCCGGAGUUGAGCCAUGGAGCUUUGAUAUUAUACGAUUGCCAGGAUUCUCCUACUACCCCGAUCCCUCCUACAAUAAUGAGAGUACUUAGCCGUUCCCAAGAGUUUAUGGUGUCAUCUCGUGGUAUCAAAACACUGUCUGAAUUUGGCAUGCAAAACCUUAAAGGUCUCAGAAUUUGUGAAGUGUGGAGCUGUGAUGACAUUGAGAUUCUUGCAAAUGGGGAUGAGUCAGAAGGAGGCGACAUUUUUCCUGAUUUGGAGAAUUUGGACGUUGAGCUGUUUGCCGAAAUUGAGAGCAAUACUGGAAGGGCAACCGUCAAUAAGAAGCUUCUCAAAUCUCAAUUCUUUGAGAUUGGAAACAUGUGA